AUGAGUGUCCAGAACACCUUACCAAACAUCCCGGAAGGCUACAUCGCUGUUGAUGGCCCGGACAACAUUAAAUAUGUUGUCCCCCGCUUCAUGUUAUCCUCUUUGGAGCACGAUUUGGAAACCAUGGGUGCUACAGAGGAUGUCAGUGUCACUAGUGCCGACCUGACUCAAAAGUCUAAUGCCAAAAAGUCUGAUGCGUAUAUCACCCUGUCCGGUAUUUUACGAGUGCCCCCCGAAAAUUCUUUGACGGAUCAUGAGAUGCUCGCACUUCACGCUGAAGUGUGUGCUUUGCAAAAGAGACUUGGCAUUUCGUAUCAGGAUGCCGUGCAUCGGCUUUUUAUGGCGGAGGUUGCAAAAUUGAAGGUGGCUGACGGGGAUAGGAGAUAUCAUGCAUACAUGGAUCAAUGCAUGGCAAAAACUCUCAUUAAGUUAGAAGAAAGGCAUAGUAUUCGUGAAGAUCUUGAAAAGUAG